CUGUCCUGUCCUGUCCUGUCCUGUUGGUGAUGAUUGGCCGGCGACAUCCAAGCGCCCGCGAAUCUCAUGGCUUCCCAUUUGAGCGGCGGCGCGUAUCGCGACGUCGCCUCGCCCAACGAACCAUGAAGCCAGCUGACUAUCGUACACUGUCUCAUAUCUCGAGCUGCGACUGCUGUCGAAUCAUCGACCUGGACUUAUUUUGGAUGGAAAUGGAAGCAAGUCAACCCCACUGCUGUCCUCCACACCCAGGGCCCAAAUGAUGGCUUGUCUCCAUGAGUCCUUGGGGCAUUCCCUUCCCUUCCCUUCCCUCACCUCCCUCCUCGUGUAUGACUACGAUCUUGGGUUGCUGUUCCGAACCAGCACUUUCUCGUUCUGAUUCAUUCUCAUUCGUUUGCUUCAUUCAGUCACCGUCUUUACCUGUGUUUUUUGUUUCCUGCCUCAUUUUGCGCAGCCCUUCCGAGUCAUCAAUAGGAAGCUCUUCCUAUUGUCCAACCAAAACACAUGAACGAAAAUCACACUCUCAAGCCCCGUCACUGCAUCCCUCCGCACUAGCCGUCUUAUUUCCAUGUCCUUUGUUGCACACGACAAUGCUUGCUGGGCAUCUCAUUUAAAACCUCGCAUGCUCGAAAGCCCUCCUUCCUCGCAGACAAACAACUACACCUAAUUCUAAUCUUUCAAGUGCGACCCUUCUUCCGAACCUCACUCGGACCACCCUAAACCCAUUUACCAGCAACGACCACCAUACUUGGAUCUCUUCGCGGUCUUGCGCUGUAUCAAGUUUUGUCCAAGAUGUCUACAACGGCGGUCUUGGGAGAUCAAGCUGCUUCCCAGAACAACUACUCAACAAAACGAGCCAGUAUCUCAUCCAACUCUGUUUCUGACGGCGAUGACGAGUGGUGGGACGAAGAUGAUGGUGAUGGUUCCACUCUACGCAGGUCCACAUGUAUAGGGGGUACUGUCUGGCCUAAACCUCCACAGGUCCAAGGGCUAGGGGUCAGUUUCAAGCCCGAGCAUCGGGCCACCACUCGAAAGGCAGACUGGCGAUACUCUGUCCAGAAGCCUACAAGGCAUAAGUCGAAAGGCCGCCAGAGAAAACAGAACGCUAAAGCCGGGAUCAAGCUCGUCACGAGCUUUUCGCGACCUCAAGCUGCUCCACCACCAGUUCAGCCACAAGUGCAAUCUUCUCGAGACCCGCCACAGGCAGGAUGCUUUGUUGAUCUGGCGGCCCUCCAGGCAUUGAAUGGGGGAAACCAGCAGCAAUCUGGCGGGUUUUGGAAGACAAAGAGGAACAAAGAAUUGGCCCGGACAGCAAACACCGUUCCGUCGCUUUCGGCGCGUAACACGUCCGCCGCACGAGAUGAAGAUCGGCUUAGACAUCCUGUUGAUGUGAACCGACGACCGUCCCGUGAUAUCCAUCACUCGCCCUCCAAAGCAGAUGAUGAUCUGUCUCCAAAUGAUCGACCUAUAGUCAUUGGGAUUUCCAUACCCACAGCCGACGCUGUGGAUCGGACGCUGGAUCCUCUGACGGCGGGAUCUGACGCCGCAAGGAUGGUUCGCAAACAUGAGCACAAUUCUUCAAUGGGCCAAACCCCUGAUACACCUACCAUAAUAAUAACGCCUGCUCAAGAGGUUUCCAUAUGGACUCCAUUGGAAAAUCCGGGAUCACUGCCAAAUCAUCAACCCUUAUCGAACAUGGGUAUGGCAUCCGAGGCUCCUCUGGUACUUUCUAUGCCUACUUCGUUUCCUGGGGUUGACGGACAGCGAGCUGCUGCACAGCGAAGCUAUUUUUCACCCGAUUCAGACGAUGCGACCUCGUGGGGCGACGACGAUGAUCAUCCAAAGUCUCGAAUUGUUUCCUCGUGCACUGUGUUUGAAGAAGAUGAGAGUCCCAUACUCGUGCGAGCAGGUCGCGCCCCUUCAAUGACGAACGGCUUGAGAUUCGACCGACAUGCAAGCAUGAGUACUCUAACCACCCGUCGCCGUUCGAAGGGAUGGUGGAACUACAUUACGACGCCAUUUCUGACAAGAUCGAACACAUUUACAAAUCGAGACGUGGAGAAUGAGAGCCCACCGGCCAUCCCCAGUCUCUCUGUUGCGGUGGCCAAAGUCGAAGAUGCAGAACGAGCCAGUCGGCAGUGGGAACGGCAGUUUUCACCUCUAACGCCAGAGACGACUACAUCUCUGGCUUCCAUUGCCUGGCGGAAUGUGGACUUGAAGCAUGGUAUGGCUAUCGAGCAAUCGCCGGUCCUCAAGGAAACGAGACACAAGGCACGAACGCCGACAAGUCCCCUACCACUGAUUCCAUCAGAAACGCUCACCCGGAGUGAGUCGCCUUCAAUGCUGGACUCAACAUCCAGAAAUAAUCAUUUCUCGAUCGAUAUGACAGCACAGCAUUCAUGCCAUACACCUGAUUCGGGGGCAUUACAAGGCAACAAUCCUUUCGCACAGUCUCGACAAUGUAACAAUCAAAGCGCACUAUCAGCAACUUCCCAGCCCUCCAGCAGUCCAGAUGUAGCGUACCCUGCCGAAAGCGCACAGGUUCAACAUGUUAACUCUCCGUUCGCCGGACCACCUCCACCAUAUUCACCAUCUCCUGCUCGUGUGAGAUACAGGGCAGUAUUGCCGCCAGUACACGCACUCGGCGCCCAGUACCCUGUGUCGCCUGGCCCUCUGUCUCCGGGGCUACAGCACGCAAUGUCAUCAGCAGCUGCAUUUCCCCUGUCAACUGUUCCACAGACUCCACCAGCACGCCGGCUGAUCAAUCUCAAUUCCGGGUAUCCUGAACUGCAGCCUAAGCAGAAUAUCUCACUCGCAGCCUGUGGGCAUCAUGGCGCGCCGCCGCGUAAGGCCACAGAAGCUGAGGCACGUCGUAAACGCUACGAGAAGGAAGAUGCUGUUGCGUGGCGAGCUGGCGGGUGGUGGAGAGGGCGAGGGUGUGUGCCUGGGAGAGGCUGCUAUGGACGGAGCGGGGCGGAGGGCCGGAAAAGACGCCGUUGGUACCUGGGAUUAAUCAUUGCCUUCGUAUCCAUGAUCAUAGUAGUCGUCACUCUGGCCACGACAUUGCAUCGGAAACAAAAUAAGAUCGUGGAGCCAUCUCAGUGGCUGAAUUUGACCGGCUUUCCCCCAAUAUUUCUCGGGUUGUCAACGGUAGUUGCGCCAGCCAAUAUUCGUACCAAUACAGGUUGUGUCUUCCCAGCAACACAAUGGAGUUGCGAUCUACCAAAGGAGCUUCAAUCGUCAAAUGCGCCAACCCUACCUAACCAGCCCAACUUCUUCUUGCACAUCCAGUGGGACAAUAGCAGCUCAACCAAUAGGACCUUUUCUAACGUCACAGGCAGCUCGGAUUUGGCUAUCCGACACUCGAUGUCAGCUGUGAAUCCUGUAUCUGCUGGACAGCUCAUCAAAAGGCUCCCGCUCCGUUCUCGGCAGAUAGUUACCUUCAUCCCAUCCCCAGCUCCGCCGUCCAUAGCUGAAUCGUCUUUCCUGGGCAAUUCAACAGACAGCAUUGUGUCGGCUAACAAGGCUGGCGAGCCAACUCCCUUCUUUAUAUCAUUUCUCUCCACUGCAGACUCUCCUCUCGACAAGCCCAAAUUGGCAGUGCGUCAGAGCUCAGAGCAUUCCGACGAGCCGUUUCCAAACAUCACCUCUAUUAUACCACCCCCAAGUGUCAAAUCUGACGGUACUGCUGCACCAGCGAACCUUCUCCCAUUCCCCACCCAGCAACCCAUCAGACUUUACGACCGAGGACUUCCAACCGAGCAUUAUGGCUUUUACACUUACUUCGACCGUUCAAUAUUCCUUAAGUCACUCGAGCGUUUAAAUGGCACCAAUCUUGACGAUGGAGAAGUUCCUGUAGAUAGAGAUGGGGGAGCAAAGGAAUCGGAAGCAGCUUUCAGAUGUACUUGGUCGCAGACCAGGUUCCUGGUGCAGAUCUGGACUCGCACAAACACCGCACAGCUCUUGAAUUCUACGCAGCACCUGACCUCACAAAAUUCAGCCACCGACUUCAAGCAGCCAGGGUCUUUCCCCUACCCUAUCACGAUCACGACCGAUCGCCAUGGGGGUGAUCCUUCUUUGAAGAUGAUUUACUGCUACGAGAUGGACAGCCGCGCAAAGUUGAUAGCAGGGAGUGGCAAGCUCAACGGUGAGAAUCGUGCCUUUGGCGGGGUGUCGUUCAAUCCGGCUCCUUCUUUCUUUGCGAACUUCUCGGAUCCUUCUCUGGGAGGGUUUGACGGUGGAACUGGAGGGUGCAGCUGCCAAUGGAGCAAUUUCCGAAGUGUUAUCCGUGCUUAAGCUGGGGUACUGGGUCUCCCUUGCAGCUCCUUGCAUAGCGAACUUACUCUUGCGUUUCGUGCCCCCGAAACGAUGUUUAUGGUUAGAACAAGUACCAAGUUAAUUUGAAAGGCUGGAUGGAGCUACUUAGAGACCGCCGAGCAGAUAGCUUAGCAUUUAUGAGUCUGCCCUGGUGAUCCGGAUGUGAUUUGCGAAGAUAGGCAGCUAGAUGGGCAAUUCCUUUGAUGUGAAUCUGUAUUUGUUGACAUCUUAGCGAUGUUUUCGUACCUACCUUACACAGUCUCAACAGUCUAGCCUAGCCUAAGUAAGUAGUCCGGUCACUUGUCAGCGAAAGAAACAUGGAACGGGCAAGUGCCCUGCCGAUCAUCAGGCAUGCUCGAGUUAUGCCGUACAGUACUGCCCUAGCCGCUGGGUUCGAGCGCUGCCACAGGGUUCAGGGGCUGUCGGCCCAGGCGUCCCGAAAGCCAACGUAUUCUUGAGCUCGCAACCGCGCGGGUUUGGAAGACAUAAACAACAGAGAGCAGAUACCUUCGACCGUUGACGUCCUGCCUCGUGUUGUCUCGCCUUCUAAUUCACUCUAACACUUUCUACAAUAAAAAUCGGUCCCUCUCGCCUCGUCCUGGAAUUUGGAUAAGCACAGCGCACCCGGAGACUCAAUAUGCAAGGAUGCCAUCUAUAGCUCAAGCUACUGUAUUACCCAUGAGCAACAGGAAACGGAGGAGAGAGGACGCCUCAGGUGAAUUUGACUUACAGUUGAAGAGGUCGAGCUCCCAACCGACUCACCAACCGUAUGAAACCAUCCCACCGCAUUACGACCCAGAGACCAGAGACGAGCUGUAUCUCAGACACACACUGUCUCCCAAACGCCGUCUGCACGACUUCAAAAGACAACGUAUUGGCCACUUGGAAUGCGGCGUGCGCGGUGUGUAUUUCUCCUUCGAGCCUCGAGCGGAUACAACGGCGGAGCGAUGUGACGACCGCAGCACGACGGCACAGACGGCACAGAGGGAGCUAUCAAGAUCCAGCAGUAUUCUUGACCUUAGUCCAUGUCAUAUCUGCCGCCGCAAGCCCACGGUGAAGAGCGAAUUGGACGCUUUCGGGGAUUGUGACUGCUGUGGGAAAAGGACUUGUUAUGUUUGUACAAGGAAAUGCGAGGGACCCGGCGUCAUGUGGAGGGCGUCCUUGAAAGGAGAUCAGAAUCAUGACGAGAACAGUAUGGUGAUGGAAGAUACAUUUCGCGAUGGGGAUGAAAGCCUCGGAAUAGGACUGGCUUAUAGACAGGAUACUGAAUCGAUGCUGAGCGACUCAGGGGGCAGUGGUGGCAGACCUCAGCACAGGGACCAGAUAUGCAGUGCGUGUUGCUUUGAGAGAGGAGCUGAGGGUGAGGUCUGGUGCUUGGGCUGUUUAAGGGCAUAGGGAGCUGGUUAGUACUGUAUGUACGAUGAUGUGUCAGGUCAGGGACCCGAACAGGACAACGGGUUAGAACCAAACUUCUCGCUUCAACUAAUCAGAUAUUACAUUGGUGAUAAUGGGU